UUCAUCCAAACAAAUAUUCCUGACACACACUCUCUCUCUCUCUCUAACCCUGAGUAAAAGAAAAGUAAACCAGCCACGUUUUUGUUGCUUUCAAUACGAAUCACAGAUUUGGAUCUCUCAUCUCUCUCCCUGCAUCCAUGGAGUCGGAUAAUAGUAGCGCCGGUUUCAGCUACUUGGGUCGCAAUUUCAGCAAUUUGAGUGUCAACGAUCACUCCUCUGCUUUCAGCGACUGUAACAGCGACAGAUCCGGCGAAUUCCCCUCCGCUUCCUCCGAGAGCCGCCGCCUCCUCCUCUCCUGCGCCUCCGACGAUCUCAUCCGUCACCUCGUCGCUCAUCUCGAUUCUUCCUCUUCCGUCGAAGAGCAGAAGCAAGCUGCGAUGGAGAUCAGGCUCUUGUCCAAGAACAAACCCGAGAAUCGCAUCAAAAUCGCCAGAGCCGGAGCCGUUAAGCCUCUCAUCUCUCUCAUCUCCUCUUCUGAUCUCCAGCUCCAGGAGUACGGAGUCACUGCCAUCUUGAAUCUCUCCCUCUGCGACGACAACAAAGACCUGAUUGCUUCCUCCGGCGCCAUCAAGCCCCUCGUUAGAGCCUUGAAGAUGGGAACUCCCACGGCUAAGGAGAACGCCGCCUGCGCUCUCCUCCGGCUAUCGCAGGUGGAGGAUAACAAAGUCGCCAUCGGAAGAUCAGGUGCGAUUCCUCUCCUUGUCAACCUUCUAGAAACAGGAGGAAUCCGGGCCAAGAAGGACGCCUCCACGGCUCUCUACUCCCUCUGCUCUGCUAAAGAGAACAAACUCAGAGCCGUGCACUCCGGAAUCAUGAAGCCUCUCGUCGAAUUGAUGGCUGAUUUCGGAUCCAACAUGGUCGACAAAUCGGCCUUCGUGAUGAGCCUGCUCAUGUCUCUGCCGGAAUCUAAGCCGGCGCUCGUCGAGGAAGGAGGAGUUCCGGUGCUGGUGGAGAUCGUGGAGGCGGGAACGCAGAGGCAGAAAGAGAUAGCUGUGUCCAUACUGCUUCAGCUCUGUGAGGAGAGUGUGGUGUAUCGAACCAUGGUGGCGAGGGAAGGAGCGAUUCCUCCGCUUGUGGCACUUACUCAGGCGGGAACGAGUCGUGCAAAGCACAAGGCGGAGGCUUUGAUUGACUUCUUAAGGCAGCCUAGAUCUGCUACUAGUAACAACGGUGGAAGAUGAUUCAAGAACCUU